CUGCACCUCACGAGUUCAGUCUUAGAGCACCAGCUGAGCAAUGCUCAGAGCAGACCUGUAGUGACUGACAUCAUCUCUCUUCAGCAUGAAGGUGGCCUCGGUGCCAAUGCUUCUGACCCUGGCUCUUUAUCUCACACAAGAUGCUGCCAGUGGGAAAGAGAAUCAGGACUCAUGCAGUGAAUUUCGAGCAUUGAUGAAAGAUGGGAAGCUGUUUUGUUCCCAAGGCAACAAACCUGAGCGCCUCAGUGACAUCUAUUUCCAAAAUAAGUGCAGCAUGUGCAAAACAAUACUAGAACAUGAAGUAACGUCCAAAAUGAGCAGGAGGCAUUUGUCAAGAGCCACCAGGGCCACAGCCCCAGCAAAGUUGAAUUGUGAGGAUUUCAGGCAAGGAGGGAACGCUGGGGAUUUCGUGUGUACCUCUGCGGCCUCUGCAGUGUGUGGCACAGAUGGGAGAACAUACCGCAGCAGGUGUGAGCUGUGUGCUGAGAACAAGAGAAGAAAGAACCAAGUUGACAUAAAAAAUGAAGGUGAAUGUGGCGCCAGCAGUCUAGAGGAGGAUGUGUGCAGUGACUUUCGGGCCUAUGUGCAAAAUGGAAGACUCGGAUGUACAAGGGAAAAUGAUCCAAUCCGUGGUCCUGAUGGGAGGACACAUGGAAAUAGGUGUGCCAUGUGUGCUGAGCUCUUUUUAAAAGAAGCUCAAGAAAAUGCCACACGGGACAGAGAAAGCAGAAUUCGGAGAGAUACUGAGAAGGAACUUUGCAAGGAAUUUGAAAGCCAAGUGAGAAGUGGAAGACUUUUUUGUACCCGGGAAAGUGACCCAAUCCGUGGCCCUGAUGGAAAGAUUCAUGGGAACAAGUGUGCCUUGUGUGCGGACAUAUUCAUGAGACAUUUUACAGAAGAAAAGAGUAAAGCAGAGAUAAAACAGAAAGAUGCUGAAGAACGGGCUAAAGCUAAAACGGAAAUUGAGAAACGCUGUAGUGAAUUCAAGGAUCGUGCAAAGAAUGGAACGCUUUUCUGUACCAGAGAAAAUGACCCUAUUCGUGGUCUGGAUGGAAAAACACAUGGCAACUUGUGUUCCAUGUGCCAAGCUUUCUUCAAAACAGAAGCUGAAGAAAAGAAGGAUGAAGCUGGAGCCAGAAGCAGAAGAGGGUCUGAAAAGUCAGAAUCAUAUGCAAAACUAUGUGAUGGAUAUCGCAAGUUCAGAAGGAAUGGACAACUGUAUUGUACCAGAGAGAAUGACCCAAUCAGGGGCCCUGAUGGGAAAAUCCAUGGCAACACAUGCUCCAUGUGCCAGGCUUUGUUCAUCCAAGAAGACAAAGUGAGAGCGAAGGUUAAAAGAGAAGCUGCAAAGAAAAUGUGCGGUGAGUUCCAGGACAAAGCAAAGGACGGAAUGCUCAUGUGCACCAGGGAAAAUGACCCUGUUGUUGGCCCAGAUGGAAAAAUGCAUGCAAACAAGUGUGCCAUGUGUGCAAGUGUGUUCCUACUAGAGGAAGAAGAGAAGAAAAAGAAUGAGAAGGUUGGAAAGUUGAAGAGAGAAGCAAUACAGGAGCUAUGUAGUAAAUAUCGUCCCCAGUUAAAAAAUGGCCGGCUCCACUGCACCAAAAUGAAUGACCCAAUUGAGGGCUUGGAUGGGACGAUCCCUGAAAACAUCUGCUCCAUGUGUGAAGCCUUCUUCCAGCAAGAAGUAAAGGAAAAUGAAGCUGGCUCCAGAGCACGGGCUAAGAGAGAAAUUAAGGUUGACUGCAGUGAGUUUCAGAGUCUUUUAAGAGGUGGAGAGCUUUUCUGCACACGAGAAAAUGACCCUGUGCGUGGCCCAGAUGGCAAGACCCAUGGCAACAAGUGUGCCAUGUGCAAGGCUGUCUUUGAGAAAGAAAAUGAAGAAAGAAAAAAGAAAGAAGAGGAAAAUCAGAGAAUCAGUUCAGGUCAUGGUUCCAGUGGUGGGAACCAGAAGUCUAAGGAUGAAUGCGCUCAAUAUUGGGAAGGCAUGAAAAGUGGAGAAAUCAGCUGUACUCGGGAGAGUGACCCUGUACGUGGUGCUGACGGGAAACCAUACAACAACAAAUGUGUCAUGUGUAAAGAGCUACUGCAGAGAGAAAUAGAGGAAAAAAACAAAAAUUCCGCCUCGAGAUCAAAUACGACUGGAUCAACAACAAAAAUGGAUGUAUGUGAUCAAUUUAGAAGCCAAAUGAAAAAUGGGAAACUCCUCUGCACACGGGAAAGUGACCCUACCCGGGGUCCCGAUGGCAAGACUCAUGGCAAUAAGUGUGCCAUGUGCAAGGAGAAACUGGAAAAAGAGGCUGCUGAAAAGAAGAAGAAAGAGGAUGAAGAAAAAAGAAACACAGGGGCAAACAAGAACAAUAAGGAGGAUCAAUGCCAUGAAUUCCGGAGCAUGCAGCUGGAUGGAAGGCUGAUCUGCACCAGAGAAAAUGAUCCCAUUCGAGGCCCAGAUGGGAAGACGCAUGUUAACAAAUGUGCCAUGUGUCAGAGCAUUUUUGAGCGAGAAGUUAGUGAAAGAAAAAUAAAGGACGAAGAAACCUCAAGUUCCCAGCCUGCAAAUGAUGCAAAGUGUGGAAAUGCUCAAGACCUAGAAGAAGUUGCAAAACCCAGGCAGGCAAGGAGUUCUUUGCUCUCCGUUGCUGUCAUAAAUGAAGAUGAGUGCAGUGAGUUUCGAGAUCUUAUGACAAAUGGCAAACUUUUCUGUACACAAGUGGAUGACCCAGUGCGUGGUGCUGAUGGAACUGUCUAUCUGAACAAAUGUCACAUGUGCAGGAGUGCACUUGAAAAGGAAGUGUUGGAAAGGUCAGGGUCUGAAGAAGAGUCAUCACCCAUUAAGUCUACUAAGGAAGAAGGUGGUCCAGAAUUUUCCACCGCCUCUCUGGACUCUGACAUGUGCAAACACUACCGAAUAUUGCCCAAGAUGGGUUAUCUUUGCCCAAAGAAUUUACAGCCUGUCUGUGGUGAUGAUGGCCAAACAUAUGCCAACCCUUGCAUGCUCUGUCAUGAAAACCUGAUGCGUCAGACUAAUACGCACAUACGUAGUCAAGGGGAAUGUGAAGAGAGCAGCAACCCGGAAGCAGUACCUGUUACCCCACCUGCAUCUGUGAGUGCACAGGCUCUUGUGGUUAAGGUGGUGAUAGCUGCUUUGGGUCCUGUCUUUGUUCUCCUACACUGGGAAAUGGGAAUUUGUCUGGCCAGGGUAGUCACACUAGUAGGUCAUGUGACUGCGGAAUUGACCACAUUACUAGCAAGAUCAUUAAGUAAUCAUUGAAGCAUGUGGUAAUAA